UCCUGCGCGCCCGGCGGGGACGGCGGGGCGCCCCGGAGGGCGGCGGGCGGGCGCCCGGGAGAUGCGGAGCCGCCGUGGCGGCGGGAUCGGCGCGACCGGACCGGCCCCCCCGAGACUAUAGCCUUCGUUUUCCCUUGGGUUGCCAUGGAGCCCUUCUGUCCGCUCCUGCUGGCCGGUGUUAGCCUGCCCCUCGCCAAGGCCUUCAAGGGCAACGAGACCACCACCGCGCAGAGCAACUGGACCUCCACGACCGCAGGCGCUCCGGCCCCCGGCCCUCCGGCCCCCGGCGCGCCCCAGCCCCUGCUGGCCUGGCUGCUGCUCCCCUUGCUGCUGUUCCUGUUCCUUGCAGCCUACUUCUUCAGGUUCAGGAAGCAGAGGAAGGCAGUGGUCAGCUCCAACGACAAGAAGAUGCCUAAUGGAAUCCUAGAAGAGCAAGAGCAGCAAAGGGUGAUGCUUCUCAGCAGGUCCCCCUCGGGGCCCAAGAAGUACUUUCCCAUCCCCGUGGGGCACCUGGAGGAGGAGAUCCGGGUCCGCUCGGCGGAUGACUGCAAGAGGUUUCGGGAGGAGUUCAAUUCCCUGCCGUCUGGACACGUACCAGGAACUUUUGAGCUGGCCAAUAAGGAAGAAAACAGAGAGAAGAACAGAUACCCCAACAUCCUUCCCAAUGACCAUUCCAGGGUAAUUUUAAGCCAGGUGGACGGAACCCCAUGUUCAGACUACAUCAAUGCUUCAUACAUAGAUGGUUAUAAAGAGAAGAAUAAAUUCAUAGCAGCUCAAGGCCCUAAACAGGAGACAGUGAAUGAUUUCUGGAGGAUGAUCUGGGAGCAGAAGUCUGCAACCAUCGUCAUGUUGACGAACCUGAAAGAAAGGAAAGAGGAGAAGUGCUAUCAGUACUGGCCGGACCAGGGCUGCUGGACCUACGGAAGCAUCCGGGUGUGUGUGGAGGAUUGCGUGGUCCUGGUGGAUUAUACCAUCCGGAAGUUCUGCAUUCAGUCCGUAAGCACGUUACAUCCUGGACUUUUCUGGAGAAGCAGGCAGCUCCCCGACGGCUGCAAAGCCCCUCGGCUCGUCUGCCAGCUGCACUUCACCAGCUGGCCCGACUUCGGAGUGCCUUUCACCCCCAUCGGGAUGCUCAAAUUCCUGAAAAAAGUGAGGACACUCAACCCCACGCACGCCGGGCCCGUCGUGGUCCACUGUAGCGCGGGCGUGGGCCGGACAGGCACCUUCAUAGUGAUCGAUGCCAUGAUGGACAUGAUACAUGCCGAGCAGAAGGUGGACGUCUUUGAUUUCGUGUCCAGAAUCCGCAAUCAGCGGCCUCAGAUGGUUCAGACGGACAUGCAGUACACGUUCAUCUACCAAGCCUUACUGGAGUACUACCUCUACGGGGACACCGAGCUGGACGUGUCCUCCCUGGAGAAGCACCUGCAGACGCUGCACGGCGCCACCACCCACUUCGACCAGGCCGGGCUGGAGGAGGAGUUCCGGAAGCUGACAAAUGUCCGGAUCAUGAAGGAGAACAUGAGGACAGGCAACCUGCCGGCCAACAUGAAGAAGGCCAGGGUCAUCCAGAUCAUCCCGUAUGACUUCAACCGCGUCAUCCUUUCCAUGAAAAGGGGCCAGGAGUACACGGAUUACAUCAACGCGUCCUUUAUAGACGGCUACCGGCAGAAGGACUACUUCAUCGCCACCCAGGGGCCCCUGGCGCACACAGUGGAGGACUUCUGGAGGAUGGUCUGGGAGCGGGAGUGCCAUACGAUCGUGAUGCUGACCGAGGUCCAGGAGAGAGAGCAGGAUAAAUGCUGCCAGUAUUGGCCAACAGAGGGCUCAGUGACUCAUGGAGAAAUAACGAUCGAAAUAAAGAGCGAUACCCUUUCUGAAGCCAUCAGUAUACGAGACUUCCUGGUCACUUUCAAUCAGCCCCUGGCCCGCCAGGAGGAGCAGACCCGGGUCGUGCGACAGUUCCACUUCCACGGCUGGCCGGAGAUCGGGAUCCCCGCCGAGGGCAAAGGCAUGAUCGACCUCAUUGCGGCCGUGCAGAAGCAGCAGCAGCAGACGGGCGAUCACCCCAUCACCGUGCACUGCAGUGCUGGAGCUGGGCGCACAGGGACUUUCAUAGCACUCAGCAACAUUCUGGAACGGGUCAAGGCUGAGGGACUUCUGGACGUAUUCCAAGCUGUGAAGAGCUUACGACUUCAGAGACCACAUAUGGUGCAAACCCUGGUAAGAAACCGUUUCCAGCGGGAUCGAGAAUGGUCUCAUGUUGAAUCUGAUGUAGCUUCAUUGAAGGAGUUCAAGUCCACGGGGAAGGAGGGAGGUAAAGUUUCCAAGAAAAAGAGCUAAAGGUUCCAGUCAGCUCACAGUAAAGCUCUACAGACCCCCUUCUUCCCUUGCGUCUGGCUGGGGUCUGUCCCCCGAGCAGGACACGUGAGGAGGGGCACACACAUGACUUCAGAUGGUAGGACCCCUUGGACAGAGGCACAGAUGAUAGCAACCGUUAUGUCAGAGUGAACUGUUCCUCCAGAUUCCAAUGUGCAUUUAAAUAUGUACCACGUUCAAAACUAGCACUGACGUUUCCAGUCCUGAUUCUUGUAAUCGAUCUUCCACUGUUCGUGUGGACUCUGUUCCUUGGCUGGAUCUCACUCAGCCUCCAGACGCUGCCCAGGGGCCUUACUUAAGGAGUCCGUGCAAUGCACAGUUCCUUCUCACGUUCUCUUUCAUUUCGUGGUGAAAACACACACUUGCUGGUUUUCGGAAGCGAUGCCUCUUCACCAAAUUUGGUGAUUGUUCUGCAACGGCAAGGUCAGUUUCAAAGGCUGUUAUAACCCGUCGUUUUCCCCAAGGCUUCUUCUUUUAGCACUUGCCCUCCCGGCCCGGCCCACUCAUUCUCUGUGCUAACUGGGUCCCGACUCAGGCAUUUUCCUUUCCUCUCCCGUCCGGGGGCUGGGUGAUCGGGUGGGAAUCUUAGUAGCUGGAAGGGAGGACCCCCACCGUCCAUUCUUGGCUCUCCUGACAACCUCCCUGCAACCUCAGGACAGCAGUUUUCUGCCUCAUCUUUUCUUCCCCUGGAAAGCCCAGCUCCUUCCCAUGAUGGCUGGACUGAGACUCCAGAACGGCCAGACAGGCUAAUGUUCGGCCUCUUCCAACCCAAAAGCCUGUAGAUUUUUGUUCCAUGGGAAUUUAGAGAAGAGGCUGAACCCAAGGUGUUGGGAAAGAAGAGGGAGGGGGAUGAGGAACCGCCCUUGGUCCCCCUGCUUCCCCAGCUCCCAUGUUCACUGGGCCAGCAAAUGACCAGGGUCUGCAAGGAACCAGACCCUUUUAGGGUAGCUGUUGUUACUUGAACCUGCCUGCCUACCAUUGUGCACGCAUGGUUUUCCGAGGCACACAGUAGGCUCACUAAGAAAGCCCUGCGGUGGCCAUUUUCCCCAGCUCUUUCAUUUCCUCUUUUGAGUGCCCGUUAGGGGCCGUGUCACACAACCCGCUUUCUGGUCCCCUGUUAACCCGCCAUCUGCCUCUAGUCUCACCACCUCAAAGAGCCACUGGGAGGUCUGGAGUCAGAUGAUGUCCAAGUGUUCCAAUAAGUUAACAGCCUUAUACAUAUGCAACACAUUUAAAUUCUAGUAAAAUUGAUAUAAAGCAAUGCCCUUUUACAGUGUAAAUUUAGGCUUAAAAAUAAUCUAUAUUUCUGUCUUAUUUAACUUCUGUAGAUUAUUUUCAUUACACUCUGAAGUUUGAUGUUAAGUGUGCUCAUUUUUUUUCAGUUCAAAAGUGGUUAUUUUUAAGUUUAAAUAUGAAAACUAAAGAUCUCUCACUCAGACUGUCCAAAAUACACUAAGCUAAAGUUGAAACUGAACAUUGACAUUUUCUAUGUAGAAAAACAGCUUUAUUUGGAAAUGUUCAUGUGCCUAGAAACUAAAUUAUAUAACAGAAGCUGAUAUGCAGUAGGAUAUACAGUAUUUCAAUAACUGGUCAGACUUUUUUAUGUCUUCUCUUUAAAGUUUCUCCUAAUUAAAUUAGGCAAAUUUUUUUUCAUAUUAUUUUAACGUGUUCUUGUUUUUCUUUUUCAGGAACAGUAUGAAUUCUGCUACAAAGUGGUACAAGAUUUUAUUGAUAUAUUUUCUGAUUAUGCUAAUUUCAAAUGAAAAUUCCUGCCUUAAAAUAUUUUUUAAUUUAAUGGUCAGUAUAUUUUGUAAAAAUCAUGUUAAUUUAUUUCAUAGUUGACAUUAAUAUCCUCCUAAUUUCUUUGUAUAUAUUUUGUUAUGCUUAAAGGCCACCUGCUGUAAAGUUAUUAAAUCUUAAAUACCCCUUUUAAAAACUGGAAUAAUGUAUUAAGGUCAAAUAAUAUUCCAUAAAAUAUAUAUUUCUGCUAAUAUCAGUAAAAAUAUUUUAAUUUUUCAUUAGAUUCAUAUCAUUUCAUUUCACACAGUCAGCACCUCUAAAUGUUAAAACUCUUAAUAUGACAAGUGUGUUUAUUUAUGCAAGAUACUAACCACAACUUCCUUAGAAAACAGUCGAGGACUCAGAAAUCGGUGGAAAAUACAUUUUCCUGACACUGAUUUUACAGCCCUGAGCAGUGGCAGGAUUUUUUUGUUUUUUUGUUUUUUUUUGCGGUACGCGGGCCUCUCACUGCCGCGGCCCCUCCCGCCACGGAGCACAGGCUCCGGCCGCUCCGCGUCAUGUGGGAUCUUCCCGGACCAAGGCACGAACGCGUGUCCCCUGCAUCGGCAGGCGGACUCUCAACCACUGCGCCACCGGGGAAGCCCCCCAGUGGCAGUUUUGUGAAAGCAAACUGUUUGUGAAGAUACAGUGUAAAUAGGGAAUUCUGUAGUCCUCAGUCUCAACCCACGUGGUUCAUCUUUACAUUUUAAAGAUCAAAGAAGACUUUACAACCUGAGUCCAAGUCUAAAACACACUGGAGUAGUCAGUGACUAUAUAGUAAUACUUAAAAAUGCAUUUAUUCAAGGCUGUGUCGUGCCAUCUUGGCCAGAUGAGAAAGAUGUAAAGGCCAGUGGUCCAGUUCGCACGGGCCUUGGGUCCGGCAAAACCAGUUAUCAGAGUUUCAGUCCCACGGCGCUGGGCGCUGCUUGCUGUCCGUCUGUCUGAGAAUCACACCCACUGCACUUCUCACUCCCCCCUGCCCCCCGGCCCCCGCCAUUCUGCCCUGCUUGUCGUGAGCUGUGCCUCAAGGCAUGACAAAAAACCACUUCCAUUCCAAAAGGUCAGAUAGAGCAUCUGACACGCAUGGAAGCAAGGGGCUCCUGCCUGGUAGAAACAGUUGGGCAGCCACAAGCAAUUAUGCUUUAAACUUUCUGAGAAGCAUUUUGGUAUUUAAAAAUCUCUUGUAAAUGCUAAGACUGUUUGUAAGAAAAGAAAUCUUAAAAUCUAGAUUUAUACAGUUUUUUUUAAAGUCCCACUCCUCGAUAUUUAAUAAAAGAAAAAGAGAAAUCCUUAAUCUAAAGGCUAAUUUAUUUUUGAAUGGUUACUAGUGAGACCUCUGACACUGGAUAAUAAUGAUCUCACUGCCAGACAGGAUUGGCUUAUGGGGCAAAAAAAAGAGAAGGGAUGAAUGUAAAAAGGUUUGAUUUAAUGGCAGUGAUCUGUCUGUGGCUGUUAGGUACCUAGCCGAUGAGCACAAUAUAAAAAAAAGACAUCUGAAAACAUUUAACAUGUGCAUUUUUGGGUACACUUUUUGCUUUUUAAAAGAGAUGUGAAUGUGAAGGCCUUUAUUUGAUAUUUCCACUGGUAACUGAUUGCACAAAGGUAACCCAGGAUAAGUUACGUCCUAAUAACAAGCCCGCCGGUAAUCAAGCUUCUGCCACUCCUCCGAGCCCCACCCAAGGGUCAGAUGAGGUGCCCAGCUGGACAGACAAAAGCACAACUUUGUGAACGCUGCCAUGGCCACCAGCCUGCAGCCCUGAGCUCCACACACAGCUGAAUGCGUCCUUCACCCUUCUGGGUACAAUGAUUAUGCAUUUGGGUCGAAGAGAAAAUGGAGGGAGCUUUGCGAGAUGCACCUGGUGGCCCUGUUUGUUUUCACUGUUAAAGUCCCAAGCCCGAAGCCCUUCUUGACUAAAGGGGAGGAGAGAAAACUGAGCACCAAAGCCUAGAAACAGAGCCGGUGUUUGUGGUGAAGGCGACAUAUAGGGGUCGAGACGCCUGGAUUGGGGUCCAAAUUUAGGAGCCUUUAGUGAGAAUCCUUCAGGCCCUUCAAUGGUCUUACUGGCAUCUCUUGUCUUGAGAUUAAGGUAGACCUUCUCGGGGAAGCGCCCCGUUUGUGUGUUCUUCUGCCCCCUUGUGCAUCCCCCUUGUCUGCUGCAGUUCCGCCCUCAUGGUUCUGAGAACAGAGCGGAAGCCACUGUCCCUGGGUUGCAGGACCCCCUCUGCCUUUGGGGCAGUUCUUGCCUCCCAGUAGCUGCAGCCUCCUAGCCUCGGCCCCGGUCCCAGUUCAGACAGCCUUGGUGGGCGCUCCGGGACUCCUGUCCUCUCUGUCUCGCUGGGAUAGUUUGACUCUUCCUCCCCUUCGGUGAAAGAAAGUCCAUUGUACAUAACAAAACGGCGCCAGGCUGGUAAAGUCAUUUUUCUUUGCCAGUUUUCUCCGUUGCAUGCGGCUACAUUCAAACGCCAAAUAGCGAUUAGAAGACGACCAUUCUGAUCUCCUUGCUUUUAUCAGUCACUGUGUGACUCACUUUACUGUUUCUCUCCAUGUGCUCUACGAAUGAAGAAUGCAUACCAGUGUUUUAAAAGGUAUUUUUAUGUGUUUUUUAAAACUUUUUAAAACGAGCCUGACACCUCUGUUUCAGCAUUUGGAGUCACGCCCAUGUUAUUUUUUAAAAUGUGUGAUUACUGAUACUUCUGUUGUGUUUGUGUUAAUUUAUGUGCAAUCUUGAUAAUAUAUGUAUGUAUUCCGGUUUCAUUUUUCCUUUUAUUCCAUUUAUCACUUGAUCUUGCACUGAUUAUGAUGCCAGUGAAUGCUGCUGAAUUCUGUGUAUAUGCAAAUUGCAACAUCCAAAACAUUCUGAUGCGAGGAUAAAUCUUUACUUUGACUCCA